AUGGCAUCUCUCAAGACAUUCCUUCCACUGCUUGUAGCCCUUCCAGCUGCUAAUGCAUGGGGCUCGCUCGGCCAUACCACCGUUGCGUAUAUUGCUCAAAACUUCGUCAGCGGUAAGACCACGAAAUUUGCUCAGCGGUUGCUGAACGACACCUCGGGAGCCUACCUUGCCAACGUCGCAACUUGGGCGGAUAGCUACCGCUCGACGCCUGAAGGAGCAUUCUCUGGUGUUCUCCAUUACAUCGAUGCCCUCGACAAUCCACCGGAGAGUUGCAACAUCGACUAUGCUAGAGACUGUCCAGAGGAAGGUUGCAUCAUUUCCGCCCUCGCAAACUACUCAAGUCGUGCCGUCGAGAGCAACAUCAGUGUCAUCGAGCAGCAAAAGGCCCUAAAGUGGGUUAUCCACUUCGUUGGCGAUGUCCAUCAACCGCUGCACGUGGAGAACAUUGCGGUCGGAGGAAACCUCAUCAACGUCACUUUCAACGGUGCCAGAACAAAUCUUCAUUCCAUUUGGGACACUGCGAUUCCUCAGAAGUCUGUCGGUAACUUUUCUCAAGCUACUGCGCUGAGCUGGGCCAAGAACCUCACCUCGGAGAUCAAGCACGGACAAUAUAAGAAGGAGUCAAAGUCCUGGAUCAAGGGUAUCGAUACAAAAGACGCCGUCGACACCACGUUAAUCUGGGCGCGAGACGCAAAUAAAUAUGUGUGCUCUACGGUUCUUCCCAACGGCCCAGACGCGGUAUUCGGCAAGGAGCUUUCUGGAGCGUACUAUGAGACCGCUAUACCAGUUGUGACCAAGCAGAUCGCAAAGGCUGGAUACAGGCUAGCAGCCUGGUUGGACGCAAUUGUCGAGAAUGCGGAGAAGCAUGGGCAUGGCAACGGCCACGGCAAGGACGACAAAUAUUCCAAGAGGGAAGAUGCCAAGCUCGAGCCGUGGAUGGAGGCUGCCAGGCAAGCGAGGAGGGAUUUUGGGGGUGAUUGCGGUUGCGACGCUGAGGACCAUGCGCAUUGA